AUGGCAAUUGUGGGCGGAAUGUGUUUCGUCAUUUAUGGAGACUUUUAUUUGAAUCUUACAGGAUCUAUCAUUGCACUGUUGGCCAUAGUGUUUGGAGCUACAUCACAAAUUGCAAUCAAUUAUUACUGCAAAGAAUAUGAUAUCAAUGGAUUUGAGUUAUUAUUUAAUCACUCUCUUUAUUCCUCAGUACUUUUAGCUGUUUUAGCCUUUCCUGUUGAUGGUGUUGAAUCUAUUUCACAUAGUAUGAAUAGAUUUGUGAGUGAUCCAUCCUUCUUUAAUAUUAUCAUCAUUUCGUGCUUUGCUGCCUUUAUUGUUAAUGUUGCUGGUUACUUGGUAAUUGGAAAAUUAUCUCCUCUUACAUUCCAAGUGCUUGGUCAUGCCAAGACCAUUUCAAUAUUAAUAGGAGGAUUUUUGUUCUUUGGUAACGAAAAUGAAUUGAAUCCUAUCAAGCUAUUUGGUAUCUUAAUCGCGUUGGGUGGAACUAUUGCAUACUCGUACAUUAAGUAUCAACAAGAAAUCAAGAAGGAUCAAUCUGCAGCAACCAGUAGUGUCAGUACAAAUGGAAAUAUUGCAAAGCAUGAACCUCUUCCACAAUCAGAACAGGAAGCAGACGAUCUUGAGGCCAAUCUCGAAAAACAAUCCUCAAUAGAAAUCGACAAUCACCAAACAAAUGAAGUUGUGACUUCAUCGACUGAGGAGGAAUUGCCUGUACAAGACGUCAAGAAAUAA